UCGUUAGAAGUGCUGAGCGUGACGUCAUCAUCAGUCACUUUGAAAUGGAAGAAGGAUACCACAGAUAUCGGUUCUGCAACCGGUUAUGUGAUUCACUACAAAAAGGAUUACGGAUCUUGGAAGACAGAAGAAGUGUAUGGAGAUGUUAAUACAUACACUUUAAAUAAUCUACAGUGUGGAAUGCGAUAUGAUUUUUAUAUUACUGCAAUGAACGGGAAUGGUGAGCAAAGUGAGACAGUAUCUGGUAGAACGAGUGGAAGAGCUCCCAUUGCUCCUGAGAAAGAAGAACUGCUGGUGGUAAACGCUACAUCUGUAACUAUUCAACUGAACUCAUGGAAAAGCGGCGGUUGUCCAAUAACACAUUUUGAAAUAAAAUAUAAACAGCAGAGACAGAAAAACUGGAUACUAUUCGCUGAUAGAGUGUCUUCUAACAAGAAAAGCAUAACAAUAUCUAGUCUUGCCCCAAGCACCUGGUAUCAGUUAAAACUGACAUCGCAUAAUGAAGCAGGGCCUACAGAAGCAGAGUAUAUGUUUACGACUGGAGCAGCGGUUAAAGAAAGAGCUUUUGUGAAGGUAGGCCAUCCAUUCUUCACAGCUCUUAGACAUUUAUUUACAGCUGAUUUGAUCGACGAGACAUCACCUUAUUUUUAA